AUGCCCGAGGCCGCUUUCCCUCUCACCAUGUUGUCCUUCCUACGUGGCACCAAGUACGACCCCGCGCGCGACCUCCCGGACCUGACGGGCAAGGUCGCCAUCGUCACCGGCGGAAACGCCGGCAUCGGCUACGGCGACUGCUUCCACCUCGCGCGCAAGGGCGCGAAGGUGUACAUGGGUGCCCGCAGCGAGGAGCGCGCCAAAGCCGCAAUCGCGCAGCUGGAGGAGGCCGGCAAGGUCAAGGCCGCGGCGGAGGGCUUCAUGGAGAAGGAGAGCCGGCUGGACAUACUGGUCAACAAUGCAGGGUCGCUGCAGAAACCGUACAACCUCACACCUGAAGGUGUGCUAGACACGAUGAUGAUCAAGUACGACGCUGCUGCCUCUGCUCAAGCGUACGGCGGAGAUCCUAGCAAUGACGUUCGCAUAGUGACCCUGGCUUCAGACUCCUUGGCACUCGUCAAAGGGCUGGACGUCCGCUUCCGAUCGGUGGAGGAUUUCAAUCGCGAGUUCAAGGAGGCCUCGGACCCCGGCCGGUGCAGAUAUGCCGUAACCAAGCUUGCCGACGCGCUCUACGCCCGCGCGCUGCAGCGCCAGCUCGACGCCGCGAACGCCCCCAUCCUCGUCCUCUCCGCGGACCCAGGCUGGGUGUGGACCCCAGGCGUCUCGGCCAUCCCAUUCCUGCAGAAGCCGACCAUGAAGCCGGUCGUCGCGCUCCUGCGCCUACUUAAGUUCGUCGACCCGAUCGAGGGCGCGCACAGCUCCGUCUUCGCUGCGGCGUCGCCGGCGGUGCGCAAGGAGGCCGGGCGGUGGAAGGGGAGGACGGCGGACGACGACGCGCUGGCGGACGAGCUGUGCGCGAGCACGGAGGAGAUCAACACCGAAAUGGCGUCAGAAUCAUCCAGUGUGAUGGCGUACGCAUACGACGGCCUGAAGCUCGUCCUCGGUCGACAGAACGCCGCGAUGGUCGUCAGGGUCUUGCUGUACACGCUGCUCGGGCUCCAGUAUGCCGCGGCGCUGUCCAUGGGGCUGGUCCGCACGCGGGCGUUCUGUUUGGUGGUCGCGGCCAUCGCGCUGCUGGUAUUCGUCCUGCGUUUCGUCCUAGGGUAG